GUCUCCUGUUCCGUCGUCGUCGCGCAUCAAGUUCUACCCGGCUGCAGCCGCUCGUAAACAAACCCGGAAAAUCAAUAAAUACGUGGAGUUCCAGCUUGAAAAAGUGAAAUUUAUCAUUUUUCUAAUUCAAAAAGUGUUUGGAAAUGUGUGUUCAGUGAAAACAUCGAAGAUGAUUUGUUUGUGCAGCUUGAUAUAUGUGCUGCUCUUUAUCGGGUCGUUUUGCCUGAUUGGACUGCUGACGGUGUUCCUGCUGUUGCGACUGCUGAUCCGGAACCAGAAGAACAAACGCCGCAGCAACAACGACAACGACAAGUAUGUGGCCCUGUUCCAUCCGUACUGCAACGCCGGUGGAGGUGGCGAGCGGGUUCUUUGGUGUGCCGUAAGGGCUCUGCAGAACAAGUACGAUGGAAUAAAGUUGUACAUUUACUCCGGGGAUUUGGAAGCCACCAAGCAGGAGAUUCUGGACAAAGCGGAGCGCACUUUUAAUUUGAGUUUGGACACGAAAAAUAUAAAUUUUGUCUACUUGAAACGUCGCAAAUGGGUAGAGGCCAGCCGGUACCCGUACUUUACGCUGCUCGGUCAAAGUAUCGGCUCGAUGGUGCUGGCCAUGGAAGCGCUCUUGAAUCUCCAGCCGGACGUUUACAUCGACACGAUGGGCUACGCGUUCACCUAUCCGAUCUUUUCCUACAUCGGCGGAUGCAAAAUCGGCUGCUACACGCACUAUCCGACAAUCAGCACCGACAUGCUGCGCCGAGUUCAGGCCAACGUCAGCGCGUACAACAAUCGUAGCAUUGUGGCGAAGAAUCCGUUCGCCACGUGGAUCAAAAUCGUGUACUAUCGGAUCUUCUCCAAAAUCUACGGAAUGGUCGGACGCUGCGCGGACACAAUCAUGGUCAACUCAACCUGGACCGAGAACCACAUCCUUUCCCUGUGGGACGUCCCGUACAAAACACAUCGCGUUUAUCCUCCUUGCGAGGUUUCCCACCUCAAAAAACUCCAAUCCCUCGCCAGUGGCCACGAAAAGAUCGUCAUCCUCUCGGUUGGUCAAUUCCGCCCCGAGAAAGACCAUCCCCUCCAGCUUCAAGCCAUGUACGAACUGCGCACGCUGCUGAACAACGAUGAAGCCCUGUGGAACCGGCUCCGGCUGAUGAUUGUGGGUUCCUGCCGGGACGAGGAAGAUCGUGAACGGGUCAAGAACAUGCAGGACUUUGCGAAGCAUUUGUCGCUGGAGAACUCGGUUGAGUUUCGGGUGAACGUUUCCUACCAGGAGUUGAUCCAGUGCUACCAGGUGGCGCAGAUCGGGUUGCACGCGAUGUGGAACGAACACUUUGGAAUCAGCGUGGUGGACUGCAUGGCGGCCGGGUUGAUCAUGGUGGCGAACAAAUCCGGUGGCCCGCAGAUGGACAUCAUCGAAACUUCCGAGGGCAGCCAGACGGGCUAUCUGGCCGUGGACGCGUACGACUACGCCCGCUGCAUCGCGACGAUCCUGUACAACGGACGCGAGUACAACAACAAGAUCCGCCAGGCGGCCCGCGCCUCCGUUGACCGGUUCUCCGAGCAAGAGUUCGAGAACGGAUUUUUGCGUGCCAUUUCCCCCAUUUUGGACGAGAAAGAGUUUCGCUAAAUAGGAUGAAAUUCAUGACGGUCUCACUAGUGUUUAGUUUGUGUAGCAUGUUUAUUACAAUUGAAUAUUACGAUUAAAAUUUUACCAACUAAUCAAA